AGAGAGUAGAAGAUAGAGAGAGAAGUGACUAAUCGACGUGCGAAUAAGUGAUGAGGUUGAGCCCUCUGAAAGUGAAAGAGAAGAAGAGAGAAAGAGCAAAAGAGGGCAUAAAGUGAAGAUUCGAACAACUACAAUCUCUAGAUACAUCUCUGAUCUAUAUUCACAAAAUGCAUCUCGUCGUUAAUCUGACCAAUAUUCGAGUUUCUGUGGAUUUGUGAAGACUCUACAUUUAUUUGUUUAUAUUUCUAGACAUUCAAUUUUUCCAUAUUCAAUUUUUGGCAAAUCUUCCGUAUUUCAAUAUUGUUUUCUAGAUAAAAAUGAAUAAAAGACCGACGAUGAUAAUUCCUCCAACAGUUGAGAUUUCAACUAUUAUUGAUGUUGCAACACCAUCUUCAUCAGCAGAUACCGAGAAUAGAGGCGACGGCGAAUCAUCAGUUUUCAUCGGUCAGUUGCAGCAUCCGCCGCUUCGACGACGACCCGUCUCAGCGAUGGCCUCGUUGCCAUGGGUAGCCUACCAGGCACCACGCGAAGACGGUACGGACGAUGAAGAUCUAGCUGUAGAUUCAACUCUUUUUCUGUCAACUUCUCCAGGAAUCGGUUUCGGAUCUUCAAUGCCGGGUGGAUCAGUGAGCAGCCUUGCUCUUUCACCACCUGGUCUCUCUCCUUUAAACUUUAAUGACGGAUCUCCAUUCUCACUUUCAUCAACUCCUUCUUCAACUUCAUCUCUUGUCAGAAAUCAGAAUCGAUUCACAUUUGAUCACAUUCCAUUUAUUGGAUCAUCAACUAAUUCAACUCCAGCGACGGCAUCUACUGGACCACCGGGUUUAUCUCCAGGAGGUGCUGCUCUAAAUAUUGAACAUGAAAAAUCUGCAUUUGAAAUAGUAUCCUGUCAUCAUCAAAGCGCUGAAGAAAUUCUUCAACGUGUUCGUCUCGGAACAUCUGGAUCCACGUCAUCAGCCAAUAAUCUGAGGAAUAGUUUAAGUGAAGCUACAACAACAACAACAGGAUCCGUUGAAUCGACUUCUGGAACAGCUGAUGGAUCGGCUCCGGGACAAUACUAUUGUUUUAUUUGCGAGAAAGAUUUUCGUCGUCCUGAUAUUCUAUCAAGACAUACUCGAAGGCAUACCGGAGAGAAACCAUUUAAAUGUGAAGAUUGUGGACGAUUUUUCUCAAGAUCUGAUCAUUUGCGAACUCAUCGGAGAACUCAUACUGAUGAGAAACCAUAUCAUUGUUGUGUUUGUAAUUAUUCGGCUAGACGGCGUGACGUUCUCACACGUCACAUGUCGACAAGGCACCAAGCAAUUGCUCCACCAUCAAUUCUUGGAACACACAGAAAUGUGAGAAGAUGCUUAUCGGAUGGUGAUUACCAUAAAAUGGCUGCACAAGAACUUCGGCAACGUCAUCAAGCAACACGUGAAGAAGUUGAAGUUCCACCAAUGGAAGAUAUUGAAGAUGAUGUUAUUGUGGACGAUCUUUGAUUUAUGAAUAAUUAUCUUUAAUAAUGUAAAUACCUGUGAAAAAUACCGAUUAACGGGUUAUUAUAAGCUUCAGUACCUCUUUUUUGUCCACGUUUUGUUUCUCCUACAACCAAUGUAACUGUGUAUAUUUAUAUAUGAACCCCAUUUCAACUUUCAAGUGAACCAAUCACACAGAAACUCACAACAUUUUUUAAAAUUCUCGUUCAUUUAUAAAUCAUUGUUUUCUG